AUGCAGAGCACGAUCACGUCAAGCAGCGGUGAAGUGGCAAGAGUGAGCGUCAGGAGGAGCGAAAGUGCCGAUGCCGAGGCCAUCCAACUCCUCGUCACUCCUGAAGCUAUGCAGCUUUUUGGACCGAUCGACGUCCUGCAACUCCUCGAAAAGGCCAACCUGGCGGUGAGCCUGGCCACCGAGGAGGAAGGCGAGGUGGUGGCCCACGCGGCCUUCUUCGACCAUCCCGACGCAGCGUGGGUGGAUCCGCCUGAGUGGGAAACUUUCCUGCGCGAGCGCUUCAAUGCGACCGCCUUGACGCCGUGGAACACGCUCUUCCUCCGUCUGUACGUGUCCCAGAGUUGCUUCUCCGCCAGUUUUCAGCACAUCAUCAGCGCCGUGUUUAACACCACCCCCGACCUGGACUUUGUGUGCCUGCUGAGCCACACGCCCGUCACCUUGGAGACGGCGCUGGAGGAACUGCUGGACCCUCUGCCGGAAGACCGAGAGGGCGAACUGGCGGCGUGGGUGUGUCACAGACACAGACUGUGUCCCAGACUUCACGUGCGUCCCGCCAGGGUGGCGGACCACGACGACGUCAUGCACAUCUUGGCUCAGCAGACCAAGAUUCUGUCGGCCAUUAACCGGCCCUACUUCCUGUCGGAGCUCAUCGAGGCCCAAGACGAGAAGAAUCACGCCGCCGUCUGCGAGUGUGACGGCACCAUCACGGGUUUCAUCAAUGUGACGGCAGAGGUGAACGUCAGGCGUUUGCAGGAACACUUUGAGCUGACUUACUUCCACGGUUUGUGCAAAGUCAAUCGGGACGAGGACGCCGAUCCCAGUUCAGAAGAAGAGGAAUCGCCUCCGGAAGUACCACAGGAACAACCGCCGGAACAGCUAGAAGACCCCGAUCCGGAAGGAGAGCAAGAAUCCCAGGAGGAAGAGCAGGAGGUUCCUCCGGCAAAGUUGAAAAAAUUCUCAACAGAACCCAACGCCUUCUGCAUCCAGUUCUUCUUCUCGGAGAAAAACUACGAGAUAAGAGCCCUGGACUUCAUUCCGUACAUCUUCCAACUUUUCCCAGAUCUGGACUUCUGCAUCGUCACUGUGCCGACAAUGUCUCCGGACUUCCCGCUCCUGCAGAAUUUCCUGCGAGUCCCUCCGCGCUCGGGCAGCCUGUUGCCCUCUGACCUCUACAUCCUGCACCGCGACGGGUUGAGGGGCGUCGACGUGCGACCCGCUACCGAGUCCGACCGCGACGCCGUUGCCGAUCUGGCGGCCGAAGCCGGACGAAGAGGCAAAGUCCUUCUACGCGACCUGGACCUCAUCUACCGGGCGCCGAGCGAGUGUCCUUUUCGAGCCUUCGUGGCCGACGCGGGCGGCGCCGUGGUCGGGGCGCUGAUCAUCAGAGACGAGAAGGACACGGAGUACAUCCGGGCACGCUACAACAUCGAGAACUUCAUCUACUUCAGCCACCACGCCAUCAGUGAGCACGCUCAGCUCCUUCAUUUUGCGCUCCGUCGUUGCUUCCAACACUUCAGCCGACAAUUCUUCAAGGAGACACUGCGGCUGGCCCGCAAGUCCACCUUCUACCACCGCGUGUACCCGCUGGGCUCGGUCCGAGAGGACUGCUGCGUGCAUCAUCUGGACUUUGUCCUGGACUGCGCCGUGCCCGUGCGUCCCCGCCGCCAGAUCGUCUACCCUCUCAAGGAGCUCGGCGUCAACGCGCCCGCCAAGUGCAUCACCGACGAGCAGGCUCCGUUUGCUCUCAACCUGAUCAGCCGCAAGCUGACCAUGGAGCCAAAGCUGACGGUCAACGCCAGGAUCGUCCUAGUGGGAGCCUCCGACACCGGCCUGUCCUUCCUGGAGGCGCUUUGUUUCUGCCCUCACCUGAGAUUCAAGAACCUCACCCUCAUCUCCACGCACGGUUUCCCUAACGACUGCAGCCUGGCCGGCGUCAAAUUCCUGACCACCAGCCACGCCUACAGAAGCAAAUACAUGGCGCAGCUGCCUCUGCGCUCGUGCGUGGCCGAGGUGUGCGCCAAAAUGGUGGCCAUCAACAGGAAGUCCAAACACGUGGUGGUGUCCAACAGCGCCAAGAUUCCCUACGACUACCUCAUCCUCUGCACCGGCCUGCAGUACCAGGUUCCUUGUCCGACGGGAGCGGACCAGGUCGGGAGCGCCGACGAGGACCUGCGGGAGGAGAGGCCCUUUCCCCCGAGGUACAGCGGCACCGUGCCCUCCAAUAUGUUCACCUUGAACGACUCCCACGACUGCAACGCGGCUAAACAAUGGCUGGUGGAAAACUUUGUCAGGAGGAACGAAAACGCCAUCGUCUACGGGAACAGCAUCGACGCUUUCACCGCCGUGGAGAUGUUACUGCGGAUCGGAGUACGCGGAUCCUGCAUCCACUUGGUGCUUGCUCCUCCCCCUCGACCCUUUGCCGACGAUUCGGCGACGAGCGACGCCUCGGACGAUCGUCCUCGUGAAAGCGACGUCACCGACGGCCCGCCUCCGGAGAGUGACGUCGCCGAGGAUUUGCCUGGUGAAAUUGAAAACGCUAUCGAUUCGCCUCGUGAAAGCGACGUCACCGACGACCCGCCUCCGGAGAGUGACGUCGCCAAGGAUUUGCCUGGUGAAAUUGAAAACGCUAUCGAUUCGCCUCGUGAAAGCGAAAUCGCCGAUGAUUUGCCUCGAGAAAGUGACUUCACCAAAGAUUCGCAGCUCGAAAACGAAACUGAUCUGCCCGGCGAAAGCGACCUCACCGACUAUUUGCCGUCCGAAAGCGACGUCACCAAUGACCCGCCUCCCGAGAUCGUCGACACAAACGAUUCGCCUCGAGAGGUCGAGAUCACCGAAGAUUCGCGUCCCGAGACUGACGUGGUCGACGAGUCGCUUCCUGAAAACGACGUCGCCGAUGACAUCGGGCAAUCGGCUCCAGAAAGCGGCAUCAACGACGACCCGCCUCCCGAAAUUGUCGAUACAAACGAUUCUCCUCGUGAGGCGGCCGACGCCGACGAUUUGCCUCCCGAAAUUGACGAAGCGAACGAUUCGCCUCGAGAGACGGACGCCGCCGAUGAUUCGCCUCGGGAGAGUGAUGACGGAAACGAUUCACCCGAUGAUUCGUCUCCCGAUAAUGAUGACAGAAACGAUGAGGUCGACGACGCUGACGUUUCACCACGUGAGGACGACGGCGCCGAUGAUUCGCCUCGCGAGACCGACGUAACCGACGAGCCGCCUCUCAAUACCGACGUCGCCGACGAAUUACCCGGUGAGGCCGACGUAACCGAGGAACCGGCUACGGAUCUCGACGAUCGGACCGACGCCACUCGAGAAGCGUCUCCCGGUCUCGGCGCUUCCGAACUGCCACCGCCCGAUCCCGGCGCGCUGAGAGACCCCCUUCCCGCCGACCUCAUCUCCAACGAGCCGCAACCUCCGGAGCCCGGCGGUUUGUACUUUCCCGACGCCGGGGUGGAGAGCGCGGUGAUGGCGGCCUUGGAGACUUCCCAGGUUAAUGUCCACCACAACUGCUUACUAAUGCAGAUGAACGACGGCGACUAUCCCGAUCCUCUCACGUCCGUUUCCUUCAGAACCGCUACGGAACCCCUCCGCCUCACUUGCGGCGUGUUCAUCAACCUGUCCGGCCGAGGCGUGGACUCGGACGCCUUCAGGAGCAUCAACAGCUCCUUCCUGGUUUUCGACGGGCGGCUGGUCAUCGACGCCGCCUUCCGAACCAACGACGCCUCCAUCUGGGGCGCCGGCCCGCUCACCAAAUUCUCCCGCUCCUACUACAGCGACGAGUGGUCACACGCCAACUUCAACUCCAAGGAGGUGGGCCGGGAGCUGGCGGCCAGGUUGCUGAGGCACUUUGACCCCACGCUGGAGGCGCCUCGCCGGACGCCCGCUGGCGCCGGCCGCCUCGUUCCGAUUUACAUGCGGCCCAAGAUACAAGGUGGGAAGUUACCAGGAAAAUUAAACUACCUUCACGUGACCAAACCGGUGGCCAGGAGCCCGCGAGGACCCCCUGUCAGACAAGGCCGACGCAUCGCGACGGGUUGCCCGGAGAGCGGCGACUACUUCUGCUUGCAUCUGGACCAAAACCAGGUGGUGGAGACCCUCACCUGUUUGUCCUCCAAGCCGCUCCCCGUACACAACCUGAUGCGUCUCUACUCCAAACACCAAAAACUGCUGGGACAGCUGCUGAUUAGACUUCACCUGCAGCAGAUACAAGACCUUUACAGCUUCUUCAGUCAAAGCUGGUGUUUGGCCAUCUUCCACGACCGUUUCUCCGACUUCGAGGACGAAAUCCUUCAGGACACGGCGGAUGACGUCAAGGUCGACGGCGAGGAUCCGCGAGGCGCCGCCAUCGAGGACCCCGCCAGCAGGGCGGCGCUGAGGAUCAAAGCGGCCAAAUAUUUGUCUUUUAACCGCAACCUGCUGCCCAUGUUCCUCUGCCCCGACGACUUGUGA